UUGUCUCUUCCCGCAGGGAGGUUGCUCUAGCUGCCGCGUUCGCCGCUCCCGCGGCUGCGGCGGCGGCGGCAACUUCCAACUCCUCCUCCUUCGGAAACCAACCAUAGGCCCCCCAAGCGGCCACCGGUGCUGCUCGGCUCGCAGCCGCGGUGAGGCCUGGAAGGUGGCUCCGCCCAGGCGCCUCAGUCAGCUGCUGUCGCCGCCACCGCUGUCGUUUCUUCGGCCCUCCGAUGUAACCACUCUCUGCUCGUUUCGGGGAGAAUGGAGAGACCCGGCGAAGAGGUUGGGGCUGAAGGCCUCCCCAGAUCGUCACCCAGAGGAGGGAUGUGUGGCGGAAGCGUUUCUGGUUGAGGGGGGACCGAGUUACAGCGGGAGGAGGCCACGUACUCUGUAAAAGGGGGCUCUGCUUGGUGCAGUUGAGGCCUGUUGGCUCAGGGGGUUUAAACAAGGAAGCGAUUGAUAACUAUGACCUGGAUGACUGAGAAUCUCCAUAGACACGAAGGGAAGGCAUUUUCGAAGCUCCAAUUUAGCAGGGAUGCCUUAAGGAUUUGGGGGCAGAGUGCGCCUCCUCGGUUUAGGAGACUGUCUUCUAGAAGAAGGGGGGGAGGCAUUGACUAGGGAAAGGGCUUUUUAUGCUGCAAGAGAUCUGCCUUUCCCGCUUGGAGAGAAGCCAAGAGAAUAAUACACUACUGUACAUGGAAGUGAAGCUGGGCUUCUCCCAAAGGCAACUAGACUUUCUGAGGUUGUUUUGUUUUGUUUUUCUUUGAAGCAGCUAGGCUUCUUCCGAUUUUGCAGCUCUGCCUGCUAUAAGGGUCAGUGUGAGUGGUGAUCUUUUUCCUAGAGCUGGGGUUUUCAAAUUGGGAAGCCCUGUACAAGGAAUUGCUGACCUACAAAACUGGGGUGUUUGUUGGGGGUGUAACUCCAGGCAUAGAAUGGGCUAGGUCUAAUUUGGCUGAGGGGGCCUUGUUUCCUUUUGAAAGCCUGUUGUCCAGUACACUAAGAUUCCCUAAUCUGUUUCCCCUAGAUUUUUGUGUGGAAUGUAAUUAACGAGAGAUGUGUGUCCCAAUAAGCACCCUGAUGGUGUGAUUGUGGAAAGGGAGCUUGGUGGAGAAUAAGAGACUCCAGUCCUCCCAUGCAGAAGCAAGUUGCAGCAUUGGAAAUGAGAAGGAAGAAAAUAUGAACCAUAUCAAACAAUGCCCAGAACUGGAACUUUCUUGGCAGUAAAGCAGACAAGGUGAUCUUCCAGUCUGAUAAUUAUCAGUGAUGGCUCUGAGAGGACUAUGGCUCAUCAGUCAUGAGCAAGAAAUACAAAGCAUUGUGCUGUUUUCCAGACGUUACCCCACAGUUGAAAAGCGAGCACAGUUUUUCAAUGGGCCAAGUUAUGUGCCAAUACCAGAAGACGGUCCUUUCCUUAAAGCAUUACUUUUUGAAUUGAGGCUGACAGAUGAAGGUCAACACUUUGUAGAAUGUAGAGACGGCUGUUCCAGAAUCAACAAGACCUCAGUCUAUACACUGCAGGUUGAAAGGAAGGAUCUCUGGCCUGUAGUGGCUUUCCGAAAGAAUGGAUUGAUUUACGUUGGCCUUCCUUUAGUUGAGCAGUCCCUUAUACCACAACCACCUCUCUUCAGUAUCAGUGGAAUCUCUCAGGCUUUUGACUUCUUGUUGGGGCUCCUGGCUUUUAUGAACUCUAAUCAGAAGAGUGAAGCAGACAGGAGUACCAAAGUUGCCCAGCUGCCAAGUUUGGUUAUGCAGGCCUGUCCUCUGGGGACUCCACUAGAUACAAAUUUAAAUGGUUCAUUGGAAAAUAGUCACGUUGCUGUAAGUAGUCACACUCAGAAACCACCAGCUUGGAGAAGCAACACGUACAAGGGAAAGCCUCAAGUUAAUAUCUGUAUCAUUGAAAAAGUCAAAUCUGUCCAGUAUGACCAAAGGGAUGUGGCAGACAUGUGGCAAGUUUAUGGAACUAUAACAUGCAAGUGUGAUAUAGAAGGCACUGCUCCCAACGUGACUGUUGGUCUGAACCUCCCUGCCAAUGGUUCUCCUCUCCAAGAUAUUUUGGUCCAUCCCUGUGUAACAUCCCUUGAUUCUGCUAUUCUGACCUCCAGUAGUGUUGAUGCAAUGGAUGACUCAGCUUUCAGUGGACCUUACAAAUUCCCUCUUAUACCACCUUCAGAUCUGUUUAAUUUGUGCUUUUACACUUCCCAGGUACCUGUUCCACCUAUUUUGGGAUUUUAUCAGUUGAAAGAAGAAGAAUCACAAUGGAAGUUCACAAUUCACUUGAAACUUCACGAAAGUAUGAAAAAUACUUUUGAAUACUGCAAAGCUUAUAUUCCCUUUUUUAACCGAGGUCCUAUUACACACUUGGAAUACAAAAUCAGCUAUGGCCAACUGGAGGUAUCAAAAGAGAAAAGCUUGUUCAUUUGGUUCAUAGGGCAAAAAUUUCCAAAAUCACUGGAAAUUUCUCUUACUGGGACUGUUGCUUUUGGUCCAACAAAUCAGGAUCAGCCAGUGGAUGCUGUUUGUACUGGAAAUACUGCGUAUGUCAAACUUUAUUUUAAAAUCUUGGAUUUCACACUUACUGGAUGUUACACAGACCAACAUUCCAUCCAGGUCUUUUCAUCAGGCAAAGCAAAGAUCAAUACAGCUCGUGAGGUACUUUCAUCAGAUUACUACAUCUGGAAUUCCAAAGCCCCAGCACCUGUUGUAUAUAGAACUUUACUUUUCUAAAUUUUCUAUUCAGUUUUGUAUUAGGAAAAAUAUAUUGCCAAAGUAUUUUACAUCCAUUCCGAAGCUUCUGUUCGAGGUGAAACAAGAUAUUAAAUGAUCAUUUUUCUAUUAUUUAAAAUGACUAAAGUUUCUCUGUGAGUAUGCUAUUAGAGAUAUUGCAUGAUAUAUAACUCUUAGACAAUCAAACUUACCUGGUGCCAAAUACAUUACUUGGAAAUUAAAAUCUUUCUUGUGUGUAUUGUUGAUUUUACUGUCACAUUUCUCAACCUUAACUAAGUCAUUGAGCAUCAUUUCUAUACAUUGCUGGCCUUCAAAAAAUGUUUUGAAGAAACAGAAAUUUAAAAGUACCUCUGGCUAUAUACAUACUGAAAAGUAUUUUGUUGAACAACCACAGUCUCUUUCUACCAGAUUAGAUGCACUCCAGAUGCAUUGGAUAUAUGAGUUUAAACUGUAGAAAAUAUUCUUGAAUUUGUAAGUUUAAUCUUGUUAUACAUAAGUUGCCAGCUUUCUUUGCUACUUUUAUUCCUGAGAGGGGCAGCAAUUUAUACUGAUAGCUACUUCACUCCUGUCCUUAUACUGACAUAAAAAUCAUUGGUAUUCUAGUUUCACAGACAAUUUUUAAAAGUAUAGUUUCCAGUAAGAAGUAGCUGAAUUUAUUCAUGUCAUUUGUAUUCCAUAUAAAUAAGAGCUAUCAAGACAAUUUACAACAUAAAAUCAUAUAUACAAAUAAAAACUUUUUAAAAGCAAAAUAA